UCACUCCUGUCUUUGUCUUUUUUCUAUUCUGCGGGUUUGUCAUGUGGUGUGACCAGGUUGAGUGCGUGAGUCACACAUACUGUAAACACACGCACUCCACGGGCGUGCGCGCGCACACACACACACACACACACACACACACACACACACACACACACAUCCCUCUUGCAGCCUCUCGCUUCACUGCAUCACGGACCUGUUGCACAGUCAGGGAGUUGCUGUUCUGUGAGAGUUAUUCUGAGGAGGCAGUAAGCUAUUCUCUCCUCUUUAUUCUCUCUCUUAGACAGACACAGUCCUCUUGGUUUCCCAUCUAUCUUAAUUAACCUUUCUGUAAUAAUCAGCUCUCCAUGUUGGGAUGCACCUGUAUGGGUUAGAGGAUGACUCAGAGCCGGGCUCUGCCGACUCCUACACCAGCCGGCCGUCGGACUCAGAUGUGUCCCUGGAGGAGGACCCAGAGGCACUGAGGAAGGAGGCAGACCUACAGGCCUUGGCCACCCUCGAGAAAGCUAAGACCAAACCAGUGGCCUUUGCUGUGCGGACGAAUGUGGGCUACAACUCUGGGCCCAACGACGACGUCCCAGUGCAGGGCAUGGCCAUCUCCUUUGAAGCCAAAGACUUCCUACACAUCAAAGAGAAGUACAAUAAUGACUGGUGGAUUGGGCGUCUGGUGAAGGAAGGCUGUGAGGUGGGGUUCAUCCCCAGCCCAGUCAAACUGGAGAACACCAGGCUACUGCAGGAGCAGAAGAUGAGACAGAACCGCCUCAGCUCCAGCAAAUCUGGUGGCAGCUCCAGCCUGGACGUUGCCACGGGAACACGCAGGCCCACCCCUCCUGGUACAGGUGGUCCGGCUAAACAGAAACAGAAGUCGAUGGAGCAUGUCCCCCCGUACGACGUGGUCCCCUCCAUGAGACCCAUCAUUCUAGUGGGGCCGUCACUGAAGGGCUACGAGGUGACUGACAUGAUGCAAAAGGCUCUCUUUGACUUUCUCAAGCACAAGUUUGAGGGCAGGAUAUCCAUCACCCGGGUGACAGCAGACAUCUCCCUUGCCAAACGCUCGGUCCUCAACAACCCUAGUAAACACACCAUCAUCGAGCGCUCCAGCACCCGCUCCAGCCUGGCGGAGGUGCAGAGUGAAAUUGAGCGUAUCUUUGAGCUGGCCCGCACCCUGCAGCUGGUUGCCCUAGACGCAGACACCAUCAACCACCCCUCUCAGCUGGCUAAGACCUCCCUGGCUCCUAUCAUCGUCUACAUCAAAAUAGCCUCACCAAAGGUCCUCCAGAGGCUCAUUAAAUCCCGGGGGAAGUCCCAGGCCAAACACCUGAACGUGCAGAUGGUGGCAGCAGACAAGCUGGCCCAGUGCCCCCCUGAGCUGUUUGACAUCAUCCUGGAUGAGAACCAGCUGGAGGACGCCUGUGAGCAUCUGGCUGACUACCUGGAGGCCUACUGGAAGGCCACGCACCCCCCCAGCAGUAACCCCCCCAACCCCCUCCUCAACCGCACAAUGGCCACGGCCGCCCUGGCCGCCUCCCCAGAGCCCGUCUCCAACCUGCAGGGGCCAUACCUGGUGCACGGAGAACAGAAGCGGGAAGGGCCUCGUUCGGAGUGCGGUGGCAGCGGCAGUCUCCAUGACUACCAGAGUGACCAGGGAGGGAAGCAGCAACAGCAGCAGCACCAGCAGCAGAAGCAGCAGACCUACCUGCACUCCUCGCGGGGCCAGCUACGGGGAGGGGGUGGGAGGGGCCUGUCCCGGCAGGACACCUUUGACUCGGAGACGCAGGGCAGUCGGGACUCGGCCUACACUGAAGCAGGGGACUCUUGCAUGGACAUUGAGACCGACCCUUACGAGGAGUCUGAGAUGUACCGCGGGGUAGGGGGCGGGGGCAGCCGCCUCCACCUGGCCCAGCACCACGGCCGCCAGGCCUCCUGGGAAGACGAGGGGGCCGAACCGGAUCAGGAGAACCUCAACCACCCUCCCAUGCCCUCCCACACCCAGCCUGAGCAACACAGCCGGGCCAAGCUAAGGGAGAGGUACUGCCAGGAACCCGGGGACACCGGGGCGAACAUGGGCCGCAACAAGAACCAGGAGGACUGGGGGAGGGACGUGUACAUCCGCUGAACACACACCACAAGGCAUGGGCUAGGAGGCUGACGGACAGACUGGGGGAGGGACGUGUACAUCCGCUGAACACACACCACAAGGCAUGGGCUAGGAGGCUGACGGACAGACUGGGGGAGGGAGGGAGGAAAGGGGUUCACGGUUAGGGCUAGGGGGUUAGUGGGGAGAAGAAGGUGGGUUUGGGGGCCAUGCCAAUCAGAAGCCCAUGAAUUAAUCUGUUUACAACCCUUAUUAAAGAGGUACUUUUCUCAUUGUUGAGUACGCUGUAAAGAAAAAAACAACUGCCACAUGCCAUACACCUCAUCCAAUUAUUUUAGCUAUAUACAAUUUAUUUAUGUUUUGAGAAAAAAAGCAGUUUGGUUGGUCUCUUUUUAGUUUCUUUUGUUAGUACUACUGCAUGAAUACCACGGAAUCCUACUGAACUGACAGCACGAGGACAGUUAUCAUUAUGAUUGUGAAUUUAUGAUUGUGAUCUGUAUGGCUCAAUCUCUGUAGUGUAGAAUGUGAAGGCUGAUAGAGCUGUCGUCUGUCGUGUCUGUCCUCUGUCGUCUUAAACAGGGUUGUAUGUCCCAUGUACAGUACAGAGCAUCAGGGUCUCUAUCCCCACAGCUUCAGAGGCUCAGCUUCCGGAUUCAGACACUUUCAGGAUGGAUCCUAGGCUUUUUGAGUCCCUCUCCUCUGAUUCCUCAUCACCCAGACCUUAAAAGCUAUCUGGAUGGAAAAGUUGCCAUAAAUGUCUUUAGAAUAGUUUAUUGAGAUAAUUGGUUUAUUCGUUUUGACGCUUACCUUAAUGUUACGAAUAAAAGGAAACAUCCCAAAAGAUACUACUUCUUGUUCCCUAACCGGCUUCAACCAUAGCAUUUAAAUAGAACUGUAUCUGUCUGGUCUGGCUCUCCACAUCUGUUUCCUGCUAUCUUAGGGAUACUAUCUGUCUGUGGGUGAUAGCUUCGCUCGUGUAGUAUCCAUUUGUCUUUUUCGAAUGUGGUACAGUUCAUAAGCCGCACUUCAGUCGCCGUCGCGUGAAUGAAAUAUCUUACCUAAUAGUCUCUCACACCGUCAGACUUUACUUCAAGAAAACUCCAAUCACAAGUGCCGGAAUGUUUCGCCAAGCCACGUCCACCAUUGUCAUGGUGGGAUGUCUUAACUCUUGUAACAAUCGCUGUUUUCAUAUGUGUGUGUCUCUACUGUAUGUGUCUUCUUGGCUUUACUACCCUGCACUGUAGCCAACUCUGUUGCUCCAGAACGAUGUCCACCACCAUCUUGUUUUCUCUGCACCAGCUUUGUGUCGUUUACUUGUUGUAGGGCACACUUAACAGUUAUAUAAGAGUUGUUUUGCUUGGUAAAUCACCCCAAAUGUUCAACCAAACAGCUAGCAUGUCUGAAUGUCAGAUGCCAUGCACUUCCCUUCUUGAUUUCUGACUGACUUUAGUGUCGUUUUUCCUGUGGACAUUUGUAUUUUAUAAGGUCUUCAGUUAUUUAGCCCUAGUGAGAAGAGUGUAAAGGGGGCCGGGGAUAGGUACACAACAUGGUCUUCAACUCAGUUAACUAAAUGGAGGAUCCACAAAUGUUUUUGGUGGGCCCACCCCUUUCUUCAGUCAAAUAAAUAAAUAUUCAAUAAUGAUUCGUAAAUAAUGUUUAUUGUUGCGUUAUUGCAAUUGUUAAAAAGAUGGAAGAACAUUUAUAAUUGGUGCCUGAUUGUAGCUACAUUGAGCUUUUUCUGCCUUUCAUUUUUAAUCUGUGGAUAAAUUCGUAUUUUAAUUAAAAUUUUCAUCAGGAAAAAAAAAAGAUGCUUGGGAGUUUCAUUGUGUCACUCCUUUGAUCAAAUCAAAUUUUAUUGGUCACAUACACAUGUUUAGCAGAGGUUAAUGCAAGUGUAGCGAAAUGCUUGUGCUUGUAGUUCCGACAGUGCGGCAAUAUCUAACAAGUAAUCUAACAAUUCCACAACAACUACCUAAUACACACAAAUAUAAAGGGAUGGAAUAAGAAUAUGUACAUAUAAAUAUAUGGAUGACCGAGCGACAUAGGCAAGAUGCAAUAGAUGGUAUAAGAUACAGUAUAUACAUAUGAGAUGAGUAAUGUAAGAUAUGUAAACAUUAUUAAA